UGCGCAUGACGCCCCUGCGCCACAGCAUCCGCGGGCCGCCCCCGACCGCCGCCUCCGUCGCCGCCGCCGCCUCCGCGGCCUCCCGACAGCAGCAGGACCACCACGACGACUCCUUCAGCGACGCCGCCUCCACGCUGUCGGCGCCCGGAGACGCUCGCCCGCCCAAAGACUUGGCGCUGUGGAACAAGAGCAUCUCGCAGCGGUGGCGGCGGCUGCGCAGGCGCUGCUCGUCGUUCACGACGCCGACGUCGACGUCGCCCGGGUCCGGGCAGCAGGAGCGGCUGCUGGAGGCGCCGGCGACGCCCGUCCAGGUGAAGGCGGCGUCGGCGCCGCGGCACGCGCACAUGGCGUCGGCACUGAGCCGGUCCGCAGAGCGGCUGGACGCGCGCCAGCGCGCCGCUGAGCCCGAGGAGGCGGCCACUCCCGGGGGCGGCGGCUCCACGCCCGGCCGCGGCGGCGGCUCCGUGCCGCUGCUCCGCCGCCUCCACGCCGGACUGCGCAAGCGCAGGGCGCUCUCCGUUCACGAGCCGGCCGUGACGGCGCCGCUGCCGCCGCCGCCGGCGACGUCGGUGUCGACGACGUUCUACGUGCCGUCGCCGCUGGUGGAGGAGCCGACGUCGCUGCCGCCCACGCUGGGCGGCUGCAGCCGGCGGUCGUCGGGCCGAGGCACCAGCACGGGCACCGACAGCGACAGCACCGGCACCGCCUCCUCCUGCUCGGCCUCCGGCGCCGCCGACCACGGCUACCACAGCAUCGAGCGGCCCCCGGCCUCGCAGCCGCCCCACGGCCGCCGCUGGUCGCUCGCCGCCGACGCCUACGACGCCGCCGCGCGCGCCGCCUCGGACACCGACAGCGGCUUCGCAGAGCACCCGCCCCCGCCGCGCGCGUUCGCCAUCGGCGGCGUGGUGUCGCGCCAGGCCGCGGAGACGCCGCUGCCGCCGCCGGACUCUGGCCCGGCGUCGCUGCCGCCCGACGACGACCUCCAGCGGCGCCGCCGCGCACUAGUCGCCGAGCUGCAGCAGCAGAUCCGCAGGGGGGCGCCGCACCGCGACGGCAGGCACCUCGCGGCGUCAACUGGAGAGCGCAUAUCAGAAGUGGUGGAGGAGGAAGCGGAGGGUGAGGGUGCAGCAGAUGGAGAGGAGGAGAGCCGUUUCUGCACGCUGCCACGCCACGGCCGUGGGGCUUCCUUCACCAUCCUGACUGUUGCCUUCACCAAGGGGCCGGGCCACAAAGGGCUCGGGUUCAGCAUCGUCGGUGGCCGCGAUUCCCCACGCGGUUCUAUGGGCAUCUAUGUCAAGACUGUGUUUCCUCAUGGACAAGCUGCAGACUGUGGGAGGCUCAAGGAAGGUGAUGAGAUUCUAGCUGUCAAUGGCAAGCCGUUACAUGGUCUGAGCCAUCAGGAAGCCAUAGCUGUUUUCAAGGACUUUAAAAGUGGACAAAUGCUGAUUCAUAUUGGACGCAGAAUACCAAAACGUCGACGAGAAUCACUUCCGCGGCCUCUGGCGUAAAAGCAUUUGUAGUGUUGCUAUAAUGCCACUCACAAUGCAGUUUCCUGUGUCAGUUGACGCUGCAAAUUGUGAACUGAUAUGAGGUGCUAGUCCUUAUGCUGAAUGAAACAGACAGUUUUAUCUUUGACUGAAGAACUUACUCUCUUUGUUUUAUGCUCGAAAAGUUGUAUUUAACUUGUGUAUUCUGAAGCAGAGAGAGAGAAAAGUGACUGUGUACAGGAAGACCUUUUUUGAUAAAUAUUGAACAGAAAUUUUGUAGAAUAUGUGCUUUACCUGUACAGUGAUAAUAUACAAGUUAGUAAGUUCCAUUUAAUAUAUAAUUUUUGUUGUAUUGUAAGUUAGUUGCUGUUUUCUGAAGUUGUAAUAUUACAUUUACAUGUGGUAGCUUUAAAUGAGUACUUGUAUUUGCUCUGCCUGUGAUACUGAGAAUAUUAAGAUACAACACAGCGCUCUUCCAAAGUGUGUGAUGUAUCAUUGAGUUAGUGGUUCUAUCUUGAAAGAAAUUGAACAUUUUUGGAACACAGAUUUUUAUUGUAACAAGAAAGGAUGCAAAUAUGCAUUCCAAGGUAUCAGACCUUUCCAGUCAUCUUCAGACAAUUGUAAACAUUAUUCUGUAAUGAUUCAAAGAGUAUCUGUUCUGAUCACAUAGAUGUUAAGUUACCACAACUGGUUUUAAUUGUUUGUUUUCCCUUUAGCUGAUGCAAUAAGGACAUCUUUGUACAUAAGAUUACUUCAGAAUUUGCAACUGUUGUCAAAAAGCUCUUUUUUAUGUACCAGUAAUAUGCUGCUGUAUUUGUGACAGGUUAGAACUGUUAUAGAUAUGUACAUGAAUCUAAAAUACCUGUCUUUUUCAAACAGAUUUAUUCCACUAUCAGCAAGACAAUUUAUUGCAAUAUACUGUUGUUAAACCCUGUUAGCAUUACAUUGAAAAUUGUCAGCACAGAUGUGUUGAGGUGCUGUUAUCUCAUGCAUGGUUAAUAGCUUUCAAAUAACAGUAUAUAUUACAAAAAUUUAACCUGACUGAGAAGUUCAGCAUUCAGUGGAGUGUUAAGACUCACGUUUAUUUAAGGUGCUGUUUAAGGGGGGAAAAAAAGAAACUGCAAUUUUUUUGCAGCCGUCUUUUUUCAUGGCAGCUUAGGUAUUGAAGUAAUCUCUUAUACUGAUCUAAAAUUAGAAACAAUAGUAUGUGUAGUGUGCAGUUACUAGUCACUUUUCUGAGAAUACUGUUUCUCCGUGUACCUAUAAAAUAAAGUAU